AUGAUUCGUUUAUCUGUGGAAAACGGCCUUCGAGCUUUACUAGGAUUCGUCCAUCGAAUACCGACAGUCUCCCCUACUCCCGUCAAAUACUCUACCAUCCCCCUCACCGAGCUUGAUCAAUCCACUGCGGAAGUACUGUCUUCCACCGGCGUUGACGACGUUGCAAAGGACGAGCGGACAUUGAAGUGGUGGUUGAAAGUCGGCGUUCUUUCAGGAGUGUCCUGUGCGCGGAUUGCUCUCUUUCGCUAUAUUACAGAUAACAUUGAGUGCGCACCUACUGGAUAUUCUUAUCUGAUUCCGUUCUUGGUCGCGAUCUACGACCUCUGGCGCAACCAACGAGCUACUCGGAAUUGGACUCGACCAGAUGAUGCGGAGGACGAUUUGCUUUGCAUACCGAUCACAUUUGCGAGCCGCCUUCGGUCUAUAAUUCUGCAAAGCCGCCUACGAUGUAUCAUACCUGCGGCUCUCUUAGCAUUAAGCGGCUUUAUAAUUACAACAUUCCAGGAUGCUCGGCACUCGACAUAUAUUUGCCCCAUAGUAUCUGGGAAACAUUUCAGAUUGCAAACUCUCAGAAUUCUCGCCUUUGUUCUUGAUUGUCUAAUCCUGACUGGCGGAGCGGAGCUGUCCGGCGAAGGAGUCCGGCGAGAUGGAAGAAAGCUACAGACGUUGCUGUCCUGGGGUUAUAGCCUUCUCGGAGUCGUCCUUUCCCUGGCAGGUUGGGUCAUCUAUUUAACAGCUACGGCCGAAGCUGGUACCUUUGUCACUUCCCAUUACCUUAGGAGCGCUUGGGGGCAGGCCGUAUUGAUUACUAUUCUUACCGUGUCGGCAUCUCAGCUGCUCCCUUACUAUGGCAUGGCCGGGCUCUGUGUUUUAGCCGGCUUUAUCGCGAGUUACUUCAAUCUAAUGUCGACAUUGUUUGAAGGACAAGAACCGUUUCCCUUGAUCCCCGCAUCGCAUGCCUUCGCGGCGCUCUUCUUAUUAUGUCUUGGAGGGUUACUAUUCUUGCUGUCUCGUACAGCUUCUGAAGAGGAACCACAAUUCUUGCAUCGGCUUAACUUGAUUUCACGGCUCACAAUUGCCGUAAUGUUCGGCACUGGUCUAAUCUGGGUACUGGGCCAGUCAAGAUUAAGUCACACGCAUCCGAUUGAUUUGCUUAUACACGAAGCUGCAAAGAGUCACGAUAUAUGGCUGAAGACUGCCAAGGAAAGUUCUAAUGAUCUCGUAGAGGCUUCGACAAAUGGUAUGACUAUGCCAAUUCAAGAAGGCAUCAAACCGACACAUGCUUGGAUGGUUCAGAGUGCGGGCAGAAUGAUUGAAAAUUUCUCCGAGCAUCUUCCUGACAUGGAUUUGGCUUUCAAUCUAGAUGAUGAACCUCGAGUUAUAGCGCCUUGGGAAAAGAUAGCUGAACUUCAGAACCGAGCGAAAGCGCAACAGCUGCCAGCUGAUGACGAUAUUUCAGACGAAUGGUCGCCGGAGCGCGAUGCAACCUGGGGCCCCAUUGAGCCAGCCGAUCAAACACCGGAGACCAUGUUUAUCGACCGUUCUUUCCAAAAAAUAUUCGACCCCUAUGUUGCCCCUGCUUGUCCACCUGGUUCAAAGGCCCGGACCCAACGAGUAUGGGACAAACAUGAUCUCUGCAUUGGAUGCAUCCGCCCGCACUCAAUGGGCCAGUUUCCAACGGACUGGUCCGUGACGUCUGAUAUCUGUCAUCAACCUGACCUUGCUCACAUGCAUGGGCUCUUUCUAUCCCCUGCGACGUUCAGAAUCACCCAAGAAUUAGUACCUGUCUUCAGCCAGAGUUCGACAUCCGUAUUCAACGACAUCAUAUUCCCGAGUCCCUGGAAUUACGUUGACAAGAUCAAAUACGAGCCUUCCGGUGAGCACCCGGAUUCCAGGUACACCGAGAAAGAGAACACCCUCUUCUGGAUCGGUAGCACAACGGAAGGUGUAAGUCACGAAGGAAGAUGGAAGGGAAUGCCUCGGCAGCGCCUCGCACACUUGGUUAACAACAACACAUAUAAUCACGUCUCAAUAUUAUUGCCCACCGACGAACCAAAAUCGUACUCCUACCAAAUAUUCGACGGCCUCGCGCCCACACAAGUUCUAGGCCUGAACGCCUCUGUCAGCAUUACCGAUCCCAUUGUCCGCUGCCGAAACGAAGACUGCACUGAUCAGAAGGAUGAGCUCGGCCCAGGCGGCCGGGUCGACUUCCAAGAUCAUUGGCGAUAUCGCUACCUCUUUGAUUCUGACGGUGCCGGUUUCAGCGGCCGCUUCUUACCUUUCUUACAGAGCAGGAGUCUCCCCUUUAAAACGGGUCUUUUCAGGCAAUGGUUCGACUCGCGCGUCACUCCCUGGCUGCACUACGCACCUGUCGAUGUUCGUUUACACGGGCUAUGGAGCACACUUGCAUACUUCGCUGGGGUGGAUGCCAACGUCGACGGACGUAAAAUAGAGGUGAAGCGCCAUGAUGUUCAAGGCCGAUGGAUCGCCGAGGAAGGCCGCAAGUGGGCAGAAACGGCUUUACGAAAGGAAGACAUGGAGAUAUACUUCUUCCGUCUUUUAUUGGAAUGGGGCCGAUUGACCGAUGAUCGACGGGAUACGCUGGGCUUCAAAUUCCCUUCAUAA